AUGAGGAAUGGGUUAUAGAAAUAAGAAACUGAUAGGAGGUAUGAUACCUCAAAAAUCAUAUUUCCUUUUGAUAAUAUUAUGAUAAAGAAAUUGAGAACUUAAUAAUUUAUUAUAAAGGAGGAAAAAAUAGAGUGCAGCAUUUGCCUAAAAUUAGUUAUUGAAAAUGAGAUUGCAAGUUAAAUUCGAGAAUGCAAACAUACUUUUCAUUAACUUUGUUUAUAAAAGUGGUAUAAUAUUAAUAAUAAAUGUCCAUUGUGUAGGUAGUAAAUUUGA